CGGUGGGUAAGUCAGUGGGUGGCGGUACUAGUGGCUGGUGGCAGGCGACACUCCCUUACCACCGAUAAACAGUAACCUGCCAGCGCCGUUCAUAGCGUGACGCCAACGCGCCGCUCUUCACGGGUAUGUCGAUGGGUCGCUCGAAUGUUUAGUUCCCGUCAGUGUCCGGACCUAGGAGUCUUCAAUACAGGCUGCCAUAUCUGCACGGACAUGCUCUUCGCAACUGGACAUUUUUUACCUAUCUCGGACCGAGUUUAAGAGUUUUACUUUUUAUACUGUUAUCGUUAAUGUAUAUAGCUAGUUAUCCGGCUUAGUAAGAAUUGUUGUAGUUAAAAACAUUUUAGAUAGUUUUCGAGUUGCUGUCGGACUGUCCAUGUGAGUUCUGAAGACAUUCGACUUAUGGGUGAACAGUCGAUAUAAGUGUCAUAGUAAACCGUGUCUUAUAGUGGCUUAACCUCGAAGUGUAGUGGUAGAUUUUGGCCUAAAAUUACGAUUUAGCCUUACGAUAUGAAUGUGAUACGUAGCUAGUAGGUCUACGUUGUUAUCUGGCGUUGUAACGUAUGUGUAGUGCCGACCAUAUCAAUAUCAGAACCGCGGCUAGUGUCUUGUCUCUUGUUGUAGUUCGUAUCUUGUUACUAUACUAUUGUUAUCAGUUGACAUUUUUGCGCUGUUUUGUAAUGCUGUUUCGUAACGAAGCCUGUUAAAAUUAGUGGUUCAUAGAGGUUAUAAUUCCGCACAAACUGUUUUCUAUAGGAGAGUUGUUUUGCGAUCGAAUUCUUAAAUACUGGAUAUUUGAAAGAAACUCACCAUGUUCGACGGACUCAAGAACAAUCCAAUUUCCCGUCUGGCACUUUCCAAGUUUCUUUCACAAAGCAUGACGACCGGAAGUCCAGGCAGUAAAUCUCCAGCUUCUGGAACUCCUAGUCAGCCCGCUACCUCCUCUGCCAGCAAUCCCGAGGCCAAGACUCCACCCACAGCCCACAACAAGGCACUUCAGAAUGUCAAAGGAGACCAGCAUCCGUCGAUGGCAUUCCUCCAAAGCAGAUCCAUAUCUUUGGUGGACAUGUACAUUGACAAUUCAGAACCCUCCGAAAAUGUUGGACAGAUUCAUUUCAGUCUUGAAUACGACUUUCAGAAUACCACCCUUAUACUACGGAUCCUAACGGCUAAGGAGUUGCCUGCAAAGGACAUGUCAGGAACGUCGGACCCUUAUGUUCGAGUUACGUUACUACCUGACAAAAAACACCGUCUCGAAACCAAAAUCAAGCGCCGCACCCUCAACCCUCGUUGGAAUGAGACGUUUUAUUUUGAAGGUUUUCCCAUCCAGAAGUUGCAGAGUAGAGUACUUCAUUUGCACGUUUUUGACUACGAUCGGUUUUCUCGUGACGACUCCAUUGGUGAAGUGUUUUUGCCUUUAUGCCAGGUGGAUCUGUCUGAGAAACCCUCUUUCUGGAAAGCUUUGAAACCCCCAGCUAAAGACAAGUGUGGGGAACUGUUGACCUCUCUAUGCUACCACCCGAGCAACAGCAUUCUCACCCUAACUCUCUUGAAAGCUCGCAACCUCAAGGCUAAGGACAUCAAUGGAAAAUCCGAUCCCUAUGUGAAAGUUUGGCUCCAAUUUGGGGACAAAAGGAUUGAGAAGCGUAAGACUCCUAUUUUUAAAUGUACCCUAAACCCAGUGUUCAAUGAGAACUUCAGCUUCAAUGUGCCCUGGGAAAAGAUAAGAGAAUGUUCAUUGGACAUCAUGGUCAUGGAUUUUGACAAUAUUGGUCGCAAUGAACUCAUCGGCCGUAUUUUGCUCGCUGGCAAAAACGGGUCUGGUGCAUCGGAGACAAAGCAUUGGCAGGACAUGAUUACCAAACCCCGCCAAACCAUUGUGCAAUGGCAUCGGCUAAAACCAGAGUAAGCGCGUCUCAGGGCACUAACUCGCUUCAGUGGCAUGAAUUGAUGUUCCCCUUAGUAUGACCAUGUUUAGUUAUUCAGAGAUAGAGACUACUCCUGCUCCACCUUCGAACCAAGCAGGGACAUCUUUGACCAUUCGAGUGAGGAUUUUUAUAAACUCUACUUAUUUCGACCCAUCAGUGUUUAAGUCUAGUUUGUAAAAGAGAUUUUAGUAUCUGUUGGUGGUAAAAGCAUUCCUUGUGUAAAGUUACACUUUUAUGAAAUAGGAUAUUUACACAUUAUUUUCUCUCGAAGGAGCCUGUACAUGCGAAUUAUUUUGAUAUGUUUUGUGACACAAAGAUAGAGUUAAACUGGCAGAGUUUUACCUGCUUUAUUUUAUAAAUCUUUUCUUUGAGGAACGGUUGCUGUACUAUAAAGUGUGCGAGUUUCUAAAAUAUUAUAUUUUUACCAUCGACGUGGGGCGGGAACGAUAUAUGUGGAUACCGUAAAACGGAGGUAGUUUUAGAAUGCUGUGCAUGUGAUACACUCGUAUUCAGCUCAGCUAUGUAUGGAGACCUAACCUACAUCCCGUCAAUGUCACACAACUAACAAUGUUUCAUUGAGUAGAAUCUGUUCAUUUAUGUCAGUGUGUUAUGAAUGUUUUAUUGUUUAAUGUUGUGUCGAAUUAUGUAGAUGUUAAUACAUGUUUCGUUACGGUAACUAUCAUAAUGUGAAGCACAAACGCUUUAAUGGUUUGAUUUGAAAGGCUGAAAGCUGGAUAAAAUAUUUUAAUUUUUGCUUUGGCCACUUAAAAUAAGUCAAAGUUUACUCCCUUGGUUAAGUUACGAUAGUAAAACUAAUAGAAACAAUUUAAUUGCGAGUUACUUUCAGUUUUGCAGAGAGGAUACGAAAAUAGCAAAUAUUCUUUUUAUAAUAAUAAAUUAAUAUGUUACUUUUGAAUGACUAAAGCAAGUAUGGAUGUUUGUAAACAAUACCAAUCUUAUUUCAAAUAAUAAUUGUCGGUAGAUCCCCUUUUUAAGUUAUGGUGGAAAAUAAAUCUCACGUAUAUAUUGAAACAAAUUUUUAGUUCAUUAUUGAAGUUUUAAGUGGCUAAAAUACGAGUAAUAAAACAAACACUUAUUGAUACAUAUUACUUUUAUUGUAAGUUAAAUAAUACUAAGGAUACAUUAUAUUCAAACAACAAUCAUACUAAAGAUACCAGCAAAAUGGACGCUUCACUUGUACGUCAACAUACAGUUUUAUUUAAGUUAAAGAAAUCUAAAAAGGUAAUAAUCUAAAUUUCUUAUGUGUUUAUUUCUUAUUUUACUUUCUUACUAUGUGUUUAUUUCUAUUAUAAAAAAGAAGAACAACUGUUUUAGCACUUUCCCACAUGCCAAAAAUAUUUUGCAUGAUAUAUACAAAACUUAAUGAAAGAUUAAGUUGUUUGCCUUUUAAAGGGGGUGCUUUAAUUUUACCUCAUGAUUAAUGCAUCUCCCUUACUUUAGGAAAUAAUUAAAGAUAUAAAUUUCUAUUUUCAAAAAUAUUACAUAUUUGCUACAACUGAGUAAGCAAAACUGAAAUUUGUUUUGCAAUGAUAAAAGCUAGGUGAGGAUGCCUGGACUAAUAAGUUACUAAGGAAACAAUCUUCUAGCAAACUGCCAUAGUCUGGCCAAAAUACCGAACUUACUUCAAGCUUGUAGGUAGCUUUUGAAUGAAAAACGUUAAAAGGCGAUCCACGAAUUUGAUUCGACACACCUUAGGUAAGUUUUAUGUUCAAAUCAAAUAAUAUGUAGUGUAACAAAAUAAGAAAGUUUCACAAGCACCCCCUACAUAACAGGUAAACAUCUGAGUCAUUGACAUUAAGACAUGCGGUAUAAGCCUCAGAAUUAUUAUAAUACAUUUUAAAUGUUUAUUAGUAAAGAUUAGUUAUUUAGCACAAUAACUGUUGACGAACCACUUACAAAACCUCUUGCUUUAUGUGGAUGUACAAGUAAAGACCAAUCCGUUGAUCUGGCGCACCUAUGAAAAUGCUAAACUGAAGUGAAUUAAUUCCUCUGAAACCUUUUCAUAUAGACAAUUUAUUAAAUGUUGCUGAUUUUACUUUUGUAGUUAGUUUUACAUUAGAAUAUGAACUCCGUUAUUCCUUAAAGGAUGUAUUUUUAUAAUAAAGAGUGCUGUUUGGGAAUCCGUUUCCACUAUCCAAUAAAGGCUUGUUAAACUUUAAAAUCUAUUUAACUCUAACUGUACAACAUUCGCUAAAUAUUUAAAACUUCAAGAACUAUUGACCCACUUUUACCUUUGGCAGCUCAUAGUUAUUGAGAAAAAUUUUAGACUUACAGUUCUCACCGCUUUCAAAAACUAGUUUUAUAACCGAUUUGUGUUUUAAGGGUGUUAACACUUUCACUGAGGACUCCUGUGGGAACAUAUGUUUUCAAUUUAUACUAAAUCUUUUGCAGCUACCAUAUCAUAUGUUAAUUAUUAUGCCAUAAUUGUUCAUUUAUUUGUUUGGCUGUCUCUAUCAAUUUAUACAUCCAAUAUUUAUGGUACUUGUUAUAAGAAUUUAGGUUAAAUUGUUCUGCAAUAGUGUACUCGAUACUGGUAAGUUACAAAUUUAACUGUAUUUGUCACCCAUGACUUUAAUUUUGACAUUUUAGUUUAUAAAAUUAUUAAUUUCACGUAUGUCCAAAAUUGUGGAUCUUUCCACUACCACAUCAGACGCCAAUUUAUGAAACUCGACUUUAGAGGGUCCGGGCGACAAACUCGUGGGAUAAAUGGUGUUAGAAACAUUGUCUGAUACUAUGCGCAAGUGUUUUCUCAGUGAUCGUGUUAGACCUACAUCUUGCAUUAGCUUAGAAUCAGUAGUAAUGUUCUUUGAAGGGGCCAAAAUAUAAAGAAUUUGUUUUCUCUUUUGGCAUUUUUGAAGUGUGAUUUGUAAAUAAAACAAUGUAUACUCUUUUUUAUAUCAAAAUCUAUGAAACAAUCUCUUCUUACUAUCCACACUGGUAUUUUUUGCUUGUCUUUGAGGAUGUUUUCAGUCGUAAAGCCAAAAAAUGCUCAAUACAUGUAGCUGUAAAUUAGAUGUUCCAUUGAAUGGGGAGAGGAUGUGAGUUAAAAUCAUUCAAUGGAAGUUGUCAAGCAGAGCCUAAUUGAUAAAGUUAUUUGCAGUUUUGUAAUAGAUGAGCAAUUAAUUUGGGAAACAGUUGAAGUCUUACUGUUUAUUUAUAUAUUCGGAGUACAGACUCAUGUAUAAAAGCCCUCUAAAUCUAAUUCAUAACAUUGGUUAAGACCAGCUAUAAACAUUACGACAAAUUCAAGUGUUAGAGUCACAAGGCGACACUGAACAACAAUCAUUUUCAGAGAAAAUGGUCAAUAACUGAUGCGUUCAACUUUAGAAACAUAUCAGUUUUUAUCAGGUUAAAGAUUUAAUCAUUAAAAUUAGAUACUCUAAUUAUAUUCAAAUACAGAAUGGUUUUUAACAAUAAAUAGCUUGUCUAUUUUUCAAGCUCUUAAAUUGUAUUUUUUUAUAAUCUGAGACUUCUCAAUCCAAGCCAACUUGCUUCUAAUGAAUUAACGAUUCUUGUAAAAAGUUUUACCUCAUUUUUGUUAGUUUGUUUUUAUUACUCAAGGCAAUACAGUUUUGACUAUAGAUGGAUACAGUAUGUUUAAUGAUAUGAUAAGUAGGAGAGAAAAUUUAAAGAGCCACACGAGGAAUAGCCAGAGGUUUUACCGACAUACUUUUUGAACGUUGAGCCUCUAAUAUCAGUAUAAUGGAAGAACCUUUGCACAAACUGUUGCAGUAUUCAAAUUUAGAGAUAAAUACUCUUCCAUCAGAAAUGCAUCUAUGUUCUGUAAAUUGUAUUUAGAACUCAUACAGUAUCAAACAAAAAUGUUAAGUUACUGUAAACUUGGAUUUUGCCUUUUUGAAAACCAAAGUUAGUGUCGGAAUGAUCUCCAAUCUUAUUUUAAUUGUCAUUUACGAUACUUGGUAUACAUUUUAGUUUUAGAUAAGUUACUAGAUUCGCUUGCUUCACACAUGACAGUAUAACAUGUAUUACAGUGAUAAUUUUCACCCGAUUAAGCAUAAUAAAGUUUCUUCUAUGGCUGCAAUUUCAUAAUUUCAACUAAGCUAGCAGGGUGCGGGAAAGUAGUUAUCUUUAGGACCCUUUAGUCAAAUUAUUUAGUCCCCAAACAUAUUUUGUAAUGUAAUUUGAAACAUUAAAUAAAAUUCAGAUUGCUUUCAAUAAGUCGUUUGUUCAGUGCGACAUUUUCAGACUAUCGUAGUGAAAUCCCUUCAAGUUGUGCUUGGAGAUUAAGUUUUAGAAGCCAUCAUAAUACAUAGUAUAUAUUUUUCCAUACACACUUUGGUCUAGCCUAGAUUUUCGCGACAGAGUCACACUGUCCACAAGAUUUUGUAACCCGAGUGUAGGAUAACAGAUGUGAUUCAACCACCAGAAUCCCCUGACUUAAUUUAGUAUUUGUAGAUAACAUUUAACAAUUUUAAUAAGGAUUUUUGUAGAGCCUCUUAUUGCCCUCAGCUAGACAAUUAUUCUGACAAAACCGAGGACUGAGGGUUAGGUGGAGCUGAUAACCUCGGUUGUAUAAAGGUCUAUUUAUAAGAUAUAAAUAAUAUUUGUUUAUUUAUCGAGUAUUCUCUCGUAAUUUGUAUCAUGUAUAGAUUAGUUUUGUUCAAUGUUUUGUGGUCGUGUGUACAAUUAGUCGGUAAAUAAGUAAUUAAUUAUUUUUCAAUAAUAUCGAGAGUGACUAUCGAAGUGGCAGUAUCGAGUGUUCGAUUUGAAUUUGAACAUUAUCGAGUUUAUCGAUAUUACUUUUAGAAGUAUAGAUAAUAGGCAAAAGAACACACACGUUAUAAUGUCAAAUCUCACAUUAUUCCCUGUAAAUCUAAAGAGAAUUGAUUUAUUUGUCGAUUUUUUCCAAAGCGAUUAUACACAUUCAAUUGUUGGGUUUUGGCUGGUGAUAGAAUAUGAAGGGUUAUGUACAGAAUUCAUCCCGAUGUUUUGUCAAUCUUGUAUAGUCCGUGAGGUAAAUAUUCAUCCCUGUAUGUGUUACACUUACGAACGUUUCCCGAUCUGCAGGUUCGAAGUCUGCACUACAGUUGAGCCUCUGUGUGCAGGAGGGGUUUUAUUAGAGAUGUAACGAAUAGUACUUUUGGUCGAAUACCGAAUACCGAGUAUUCGGUGAGGUCUUGGCUCGUUUCACAUCUACCCGGCAUGCCGUUAACCCGACUUCCAGCCGGCACCGGCACGAGUGCACCUUUCACAUUACGCCGACACCGGCACUCCGGCAGUUGUACUCCAGCUUGUAAAACUUGUGUGUCGUAGGGAUGGAAAUAGAACGUAAUAGAGCAAUUGUAAUGUUACUUUGAAAUAACCUUUAUUGCAACUGUAUUUAUAUUUGGAUUUUUUUUUUAAUUUCAUUCUGUUUGAAUUUUAGUAAUAUUCAAUUCAAUGUAAUGUAAUAAAUGAAAAUUAAAAUUGAGUAAAAAUUCAAUUGAAUUCAAAUAAUUCUGCUCUUGAACUAAAUUGAUAAGUAGAUCAUGGUCUAUUUCCGAAAUGACCAAAACUUUGCGAACAAAUACCCAAAAUUAAUUCACAACAACUACAAACAACUGAACUCAAAGUACUCUUGGUGCACCCGACAGAUGGCAGGUGCCGGUUGUAUGUGAACAGUCACAUUGGACCGCUUACCCACUACUCCAGCCGGCCUGUUUAACCGACACCGGCAGCCGGAAUUCGCCGAGGGGGCACCCGGCAUCCCUCGACUAGUAUCCGGCAGCCGGGCAAGUGAAUAACCGGUCACGACACAUGCCGUGCAUGUGUGAACGGUGUCAUAUACUUCUUCACCCCAUUGCCGGUUAAACGACACCCGGCACCCGGCAGCCGGGUAGAUGUGAAACAGGCCAAGGCGACCGAAUAUUCUGCCCCAGUUGUAGUUCAUUUAUGUUUAGGACCCACAGUCAAGUCACUACUGUACUUGUCUCUUUGUUAUAGUGACGGGGAGGGUCAUUGCACCAUACUGUAAUUUCACACUAUCAUCAUCACAAUUUACUAUUAAUUAAGUUUGAUUAUUAGUUUGCAAAGUUCUGAAAAUAAAUGUUGGUUCGGGUAAUAAUAAAAUCCUUUCAAAAUAAUUUAUUAAGGUUUUAUUUUUCACAAAGUGUAAUUAUAACUAAAUAAGGGUAUUCGGUAUUGGGCCGAAUGUCGACUGGUAAUACCGAAUACUGAAAAAUUGGCCGAAUGGACCAAAUACCGAAUAGUAACCGAAUAUUCGUUACAUCUCCAAUAACAACCCCUGCAGAUUGGCGAACGAUUCGUAGAAAGCUAUGGAUGUUAUAAGUAUAUGCCAGUAGAAAAUAUGUUAUAAAUAUCUACAUGUAUGUUAUAUUUACUGUCUUUAUUGUUAAUGUUUGUUGUUAUGUUAUGUUUGCUGCGUCGCGUCGCGUCGUAGCAACUUUAUGUAUUCCAAACCGAUCUGGCAUGCGCUCAAACGAUGUUGACGAGUAUUGUAUGAAUUAAUGUUUAUGUGGAUAAACUCUUCACUUCUCAGUGUUUAUAAUAUGUAUAAUUUGACAGCGUGUAACAUUCUAAAAGACCAUGACUGAUAAAGUUUUUGGUUUGUAAAAACUACAAUGCAUGUUCAAAUUUAUGUUGUACAUAAAAAAGGGGUGAAUAUUUACCUAAAGUAGUGAAUUUAUGGCAUCGUUUUAUCAUAAAUUUGUAACACAGUAACUCUAUUUCCUACCCUGAUACAAUGAGUUGACUGAUACUUAUUGAUUUCUGUUAAUUGAGUUAUAUCGAUAAGAAGACAAUUACAUCUUAUAAAUAAAUGUUACGUGUCAUCAUUAUGAGUGUAUGUAGCAUUGUAUUUAUUUGUACACAUUCGUUUAUUUUUGUAACUGGUGUAUUGACCUUUACACUGGGCCUUCCUAUGAUAAUACUUUACAUAGCUGAUGAAAACAGUAGUAUCUGUAUAGCAGAGCUUUUAACUGUGAACUCGCUUAUGAGAGGCAUUAACUGUUCAGUGUUACUUUUAUCGCUAAAACGCUAAAGUGUCACUAAUACUAAGUAAGAGGAGUCAUAUAAUAAAUGUUUGUGCCAUAGAAUUAAUGCCUGACAAAGAUUUAUGAUGAUUUCAAAGUAUAAAUAAAGCCAAUAAAAUUACUUAUCAUGUCAAAAUGAUAUGGAAAGUGUGACUGUAAUAAUUUUGUCAAAGGUUCUGAAUUAGAAUGGUCAGUGGUUCAAUACAUCAGCUAGUUUAUUUUUAUGCAAUCUCAGUGCUGUAAUUCGGUUGAACAGUUUCCAACUUCAGUUGUAGAAUUAGAGCAGUUUCUCCUCAUUUGUGUAUAUUUAUAUGAUUUAGCUUUUCUGUUAGUGUACUGGAGUGUCAAGUUAUUGUAUAAUAAAGAAUUUAAAAUCCAUUACUUCUUUUAAUUUAUUUUUUUUCUAAUAAAUCUGGUUAGAAAGAGUUAUUUAAUUAAAAGAACUGGUAUAGAUAUGGAGCUUCAGAACACUUUUGGAGCUUAUUACACAAUACAAACAAGUUUUAAGGUAAUUUAAAGAGUCUUGAUAUUGUAUUUAGGUCUACGACCUACUGUACAAUCAUGUCGCCGAACGAACCUUAUUACUCAUCAAGGCAAUCAUCAAGUUCUGGAUGACGCAAAAUCUCGCAUGAAAACGUCGUAUCAGUACGCCCUGGAAAGCAAGGAUUAUCUACUUAAAUUAACGUUUCUUAUAAUUUUUCUUGAUGACAAUGAGCUAAUUCGUAAGAGUACUUUAUCUACCCUACUUAUUUAAAAUAAACAAUAUCUCGACAAUGAUAAAGUUGAAUAACAUUUGUUUUGACAGAAUCUCAAUUCAAGGUAGUUUCAUACAGAAGAGGUUAUAAACGUUUUGGCCAGAAACAGGUAAAUUUAAUUAUUUGAUAGCAAAUCAAACUGAAAACCUGAAGAGGAUAAUGCAACUGCAAAUGGAGCAUCAAGUUAAAAUCUGAGAAAAGAGUCUUGAAUUUUUUUGUUUUUGAUUUUAUUUGGGACAUUUCAAUGGAUUUAUUGAAGCUACCAUAUAGAAUUUAU